AUGGCGCCGUCAAACCCUCUCGCCAACUGGGAGAAGGUUGGCGACAGCUUCUACCGCAAAAUCCGCGUGUAUGAUGCCGUCUUCGAUGAAGACGUUGAACUAGAGAACUACAUCGUCGCGGGUGCCCCCUACGGAGGAGCCAUAGCGCUUUAUCGUGACGAGAGCAAACCAUUUCAGUUGCGGGACAGCCAGGCCUCCCGCUCCAGUAUCGACAUUUAUUCCUGCUCAGGGAAGCAGAUCAACCGCAUUAAUUGGGAGCAAGCUACUAUUCGUGGGCUCGGCUGGUCCGACAAAGAAGAGCUCCUAGUGGUGUCGGAGGAUGGCACUGUCCGCCGUUACUUUGGCCUCGACGGUGAAUUCACCUCAUUUUCCUUGGGAAAUGGCGCAGAGGAAUACGGCGUGAGAGCAUGCCAAUUCUGGGCCUCGGGCCUUGUGGCGCUCCUAUCUAACAAUCAGUUGAUUGCUGUUUCCAAGUACGACGAGCCCCGACCGAGGCUACUAGCACCAUGCCCUGAAGGUGAAGUUUCGUCCUGGUCAUUGAUUCCUCCAGCUCAUACGCUUUCACGCUCUGUGGAGGUUCUUCUUGCGGUGGAUAAGACCGUGUACUUGGUCGAUUCUACUGAAGCUGAAGACAAGAUCUUGCAAGAUGGCCCAUUCAAACACGUCACCGUGUCACCCACCGGUCGCUUUGUGGCACUGUUUACCGGGGAAGGAAAGUUGUGGGUUGUCAGCAACGACUUCCAGAACAAACUCAGCGAAUAUGACUCGAAAUCUCGUGUUGCGCCCAGUUGUGUGAGCUGGUGUGGUGAUGAUGCCGUUGUUCUUGCGUGGGAGGACGAGAUCCAUCUUGUUGGGCCUAACGGGGCGGCUUCAAAGUAUUACUAUGACGGCCGGGUGCAUGUCAUCCCUGAAUUUGACGGUGUGCGCCUCCUCACUAAUGAUACCUGCGAGUUCUUGCACAAGGUUUCCGAUGUAACGGCAGAGAUUUUCCGGUUGGGGUCCUCAUCGCCCGCUUCAGUGCUUCUUGAUUCUGUGGAGCAAUUGGAGAAGAAGUCGCCCAAAGCCGACGAGAACAUUCAGCGUAUUCGCUCAAGUCUCCCUGCCGCUGUCGAUGCCUGUAUCAAGGCUGCAGGCCAUGAAUUCGAUGCUUACUGGCAGAAGCGGCUUUUGAAAGCGGCGUCCUUUGGCAAAUCGGUCCUUGAGCUGUACAACAGCGAUGAAUUUGUUGAGAUGACUGAGAAACUAAGAGUUCUCACAGCCGCUAGAGAUUACCAGAUCGGUCUGCCAAUAUCAUUUGAGCAGUACCUCCGUUUGACCCCAGAAGGUCUCAUUGAACGGCUCAUCAGCCGACACCAAUAUCUUCUUGCCAUUCGGGUCUCUGAGUAUCUUCAAAUCCCCGCAGACCGAAUUUAUGUCCACUGGGCUAGCCAGAAGGUCCGGGUCUCGACGGUCGAUGAUGAAGCUGUGUGCAAAUUGAUUGUUCAACGGCUAGAAGGGAAGCCCGGGAUUUCCUUCGAGGUUAUUGCCCAGACGGCUUAUGAUGAAGGUCGAUCACACUUGGCCACGCAACUACUGAACCACGAGCCGCGGGCAGGUAAACAAGUCCCUCUCCUGUUGAAUAUGGAAGAGGAUGAACUUGCUCUCGACAAGGCAAUCGAGAGUGGUGAUGAUGAUCUGGUCAAUUACGUUCUGCUCCACCUGAAGAGCAAACUUCCUCUCGCAAGCUUCUUCAGAAUGAUCAACACUCGCCCAAUGGCAUCAGCAUUGGUCGAGACGGCAGCUCGGGGAGAGGAUACCGAGCUACUUAAGGAUCUUUACUACCAAGACGACCGGCCAAUGGAAGGAUCCAACGUCCUUUUAUGCGAAGCACUGCGAGAGACAGACCCGCAGCGCAAAACCGACAAACUCCAUCAGGCAGCCAGGUUACUAUCAGAUUCCAAGGACCCCAACGUGAUGUUGCAACAGAAACUAGUCUCUGAAGCCUCCCAGCUUCUCAAAGCCCAAGAGUCCCUGGAUAAAGAUCUCGCUGAUCAUGGUGAAUACUUUGGCCUCAGCUUGAAUGAGACUAUCUACAGGUUGGUCCGAGCUGGCUACGGUAAAAGAGCACAGAAGCUGCAGAGCGAAUUCAAGAUGCCCGAAAAGGCAUUCUGGUGGCUAAGACUCCGCGCGUUGGUAGCGAAACGCGACUGGGGAGAGUUGGAAGAGAUUGGCAAAGUCAAGAAGUCUCCAAUUGGAUGGGAGCCUUUCUAUAACGAGAUCCUUGGCGCCGGAAACACAAAGCUUGCCUCGAUUUUCGUCCCGAAGUGCACGCAUAUUCCUGGCGCCGACCGGAUAGAAAUGUGGGUCAAGUGCGGCAUGAUUGUCAAGGCAGGCGAAGAGGCGUAUAAGGCCAAGGACUUGAACGCCCUCGAGCUCCUCCGGACUAAAGCGUCCGGUCCUGCAAGCACUGAAAUCGAGCGCAUGAUCAACCAGCUCAGGCCGAAGAAAUAG